GUUGUCAGACGCCGCCAAGCUUGUGCGGGGGAGAGGGACACCGACUCGGUGCGGCUGAGGAGCGAGCCGGAGAGUGGGCCGGGCUGCAGGCACGGAUGUACAUUUUGGAGAUGGAAAAAGGAUAACUUAUGGUUUUACAGAAUAUAAAGAAAUACUGUCUGACAUGAUGGCAAAAAAUAUUGGUGUAACUUCCACAUAUGGAGACCUGAAAGGAUUUAUAGAUCAGAACCGGAGUCCAUCAAAAGGUAACAUUUCAGUAAUUGCAUUACCAGUUUCCAGCACCAAUUCCCCAGCUAAGAUUUUGCCAAAAACCUUAGGACCAAUAAACGUGAAUGUUGGACCCCAAAUGAUCAUAAGCACACCACAAAGACUGACCAAUUCAGGGAGCGUUCUGAUUGGGAGUCCAUACACCCCAGCACCAGCAAUGGUCACUCAGACGCACAUAACAGAAGCCACUGGCUGGAUUCCAGGGGACAGAAAACGAGCUCGGGAAUUUAUAGAAUCAGAUUUUUCAGAAAGUAAAAGAAGCAAAAAAGGAGAUAAAAAUGGAAAGGGUCUGAGGCAUUUUUCAAUGAAAGUAUGUGAAAAAGUCCAGCGUAAAGGAACAACGUCCUACAAUGAAGUAGCUGAUGAACUGGUAUCAGAAUUCACAAAUUCUAAUAGCCACUUGGCUACAGAUUCGCAGGCUUAUGAUCAGAAGAAUAUUAGGCGGAGAGUUUAUGAUGCCCUCAAUGUGCUGAUGGCAAUGAACAUCAUUUCAAAAGAGAAAAAGGAAAUCAAAUGGAUUGGCCUUCCUACAAACUCAGCUCAAGAAUGUCAAAACCUAGAGAUAGAGAAACAGAGACGACUAGAACGAAUAAAGCAGAAGAGAGCCCAGCUGCAAGAGCUACUAUUGCAGCAAAUAGCAUUCAAAAAUUUGGUACAAAGAAAUCAGCAAAAUGAACAACAGAAUCAAGGUCCUCCAGCUGUGAACUCUACAAUACAGCUCCCUUUCCUAAUAGUUAACACUAGCAAAAGAACUGUUAUAGACUGCAGCAUAUCAAGUGAUAAAUUUGAAUACCUCUUUAAUUUUGAUAACACGUUCGAGAUUCAUGAUGACAUUGAGGUGCUGAAGCGAAUGGGAAUGUCCUUUGGGCUAGAGGCAGGCAAAUGCUCAGCAGAGGAUCUAAGAACUGCACAAUCAUUGGUGCCAAAAGCUUUAGAAAGCUAUGUCACAGAUAUGGCUACAGGACUUUCAUGGUUGAACCAGGGGUUACUUUUAAAUUCAGCUCAUUCAGUUUCAACUUUAGAAACAGCUGGCGGUACCUCUAUUUCUAAAUCAAGUGGAAAUCCAGGAUUGUGUCUGGAUGCUGAAGUGGCCUUAGCAACUGGGCAGUUCCUUGCCCCUGGUAGUCAACAGUCCAGCAGUGCAACAUCACGUUAUUCGGAGUCACGAGGAGAAACCCCAUGCUCAUUCAAUGAUGAAGAUGAUGACGAUGAUGACGAUUCCUCUUCCCCAGAAUGAAGACAGUAGAAAAUAGAAUAUACAAGAUGCUGCUUUUAUGUGUUUUUAGUGUGAGCUCCUGGUUUUCAUGAUGUAACUUCAGUUUCUUGCCUUUGUUUGCACUGUGUUCAGUUAAACUAAAUGGAAACUUGCACGCAUACACACACAAGAAGCACCCAAAGUUAAGAGACAGAUUGAAAACUUUUUAUAACUGAACACAGCGUGGUAUACUGCCACGGAGCAAACAGAGUCUUUCAACUGCAACCAAGGAAAAAAGCAAAAUCCCUGAAGAUUUAGCAGACUAAUUGCUAAGUGCACAAGUUUAUUUUUUAUAACUUGGGACAUUGCUUCUCCAGUUUCUCUCUUCCCCCUCAUUUAUCCCACUCAGAAUGGAGAUGACUAUAGUGCUGACCAACAGAUGCUGAUUCUUACAUUGUCUUUAGGCUUUGCUACCUUUAAUAAAAAAAAAAAAAAAAAAAAAGCUAAAAUAGUUUUAAAUAUCGUAUGUAUUAAAACCAUUAUGGAGAGGAGCUAUUAGGAUGUUUGCUUUGUUCUGUUCAACUUGCUGUACAGAAGAGUCUUAAAGUAAUAUAAAAUGCAAGUGGCGAAAUUAAUCUUGAACUAGAUGAAAUCCAUUUUAGAUAUUUUAAAGAAUGAAAUUAGUAUAUUUCUGUUGAAGGGUUCAUAUUUUUCCAUUAUUUUAUUCCAUUGAUAUUUUGGGCCUAAUUUAUUAUAAAUAACUGAUUGUUAGCCAUUACAUAGAGUCGGGAUAAAAAUAGUGGUGUUCUCUACACCAACACUAAUUUUUUUAAAGAAAAAAAUGUUAGUGAAGAAAAUAGUGUUAAUAAGUUGUCUGAUAGUUUAAAAAUAAAUUCUCCCUUGAAUAUCUACACAGACCUAACCUACUCUAGAAAAUCAAAUGGAAUAUAAUAGCAAAAGAGCUUCUUUCUAUAGUAAGGACUUCAUACAUUUUCAGGCAGUGUUUCAAUUUUCAAGGGACACAGUCACAUAAAAUAUUAUUUUAGGAACUAAUAACUUUUUAAUUUAAGAUUCUUGUGAAAAUCUAACUUUUCACUAUUUAUGCAGUUUGACUUUUUGCAUUUCACUCAGUUAGAAUAAUGAAAACAGACUAAUCAAAUUAACAUUUUUUAGUUAAUUCCAUUUUCCAACUGUUCUGCACUAACCGACACCAUACUGGCACUGCAGGGGAACAUUUAACUCCAAACAACUGUUUUCACAGGAUUUUUUUUAAAGGAAAAAUGGAAUCUGAUUUUUAUGCUCUGUCAAGUUAGCAAAAAUAAUUCUCACACUUCAGAAGUAGGCAUUGGGGUAGUAGUAAUUUUGUUUUAAUGUCACCUAAAGGAUUUUCACAAUCAUGUCAACCCAAAAUGUUAGUAAACUGGACCUCUUUAGUGAAUAAAUUGUACCUCUGUUUACUGAAAGUCACAUUAAUGGAAAAUAUUUAUUUGCAGUUUUGGAAGAGGUAAAUGUCUAAACUACUGGAUUAUAUAUUUGACUCCAUUGUGACCAAAGAUGCUAUUAAAUAUGUUGAGUCACAGCGAAGUUACUGCAUUUAGUGGAAUAUAACAACAAAUCAUACCAGUACAAUGGUUAAAUAUAGGGGGAAAAAAAUGUUUUAAAAUGUGUUUAAAGGGCUGAAUUAGGCUCCCAACAUCUCAGAGUUGAGUCCAAUUCUACAUUUAGCAUCACAACUUGGUGCCUAGAAUGUCUCUGAACAGAUAAUUUUUAAACAUUCAACACUUUCUUUAGUAUCAAAGCAGAACAGGUUGACCUGAAAUGUUUUGAUAUGCAAGUUUAAACUAAUCUCAGUUUUUACUCCUUUCAAUAUGCUAAACCUAAUUAAGAGUGAAUAAUGAAAUGAUAAAUUGAAAUAAUUCCUUUUUUAUCUUCAUAGUCAUGUAAAUAUUUUAGGUAUUUCUAAAUACCCAUAUUAGACCAUAAUGACUAGGGCUGUUAUUUAGUUAGGAGUUUACAAAUUGCCUGCAUCCCUAUUAAAGAUUUGUUGUAGUCUGUCAUGUUUACACACAUUUGGAGGAGAGAUGGCUAGCAAAGUUACAAGGAAAAUUUUCUUUUAUACUUAUCAGGCUAACUGCCAAUCUGGACAAGAUUGGUGGUAUAUCCCAUGAACACAGGUCACAGAGACAGUUGGGCAGUAAUGUCCUCUGUCUUGACUCAUGUUAAUAAUCUAGUCUCAGAUUAUUACUACAGUAACUACCACUUGAACUGGAAAUGGCACUGUAAAUGUUAGGUCAGUAAUAUCUGAUGGGGGCAGGUUAUUUCAGUGGUGUCUCUUAGCUUGGAGACAAUCCCUUUGGAAAGUGGUUUCUCUGUUUAUGAAACUACUU